CAAGGAUAGCAUCACCACGAGAAAAUGUGGCGCCAUCCGUGGUAGAAAGCGGAAACAACUCGCCGAUAACUUGUGGCUCCAUCCGUGGCGGAAAGCUGAAACUACUCGCCGGUAACUUGUGGCUCCAUCCGUGGCAGAAAGCUGAAACUACUCGCCGAGUACUUGUGGCGCCAUCCGUGGCAGAAAGCUGUAUCUAUUCGCAGGGAAUUUGUAGCGCCAUCCGUGGUAGAAAACGGAAACUACUCACCAAUAACUUGUGGCGCCAUCCGUGGUAGAAAGCGGAAACUACUCGCCGAUAACUUGUGGCGCCAUCCGUGGUAGAAAGCAGAAACCACUCGCCAAGAACUUGCAUCGACAUCUAUGGCAGAAUGCUGAAACUGGUGGCCAAACAUUUAUCUUAUAGUUUCAGCGUCCUGCCUAAUCAUUUAUUAUCAGUUAUUCAAAUCUUCGCAUACAAUAACCUCAAAGAAUUUUACAAGUACACAGUAGACAAUUAAUAUGUAAUUCUUAAAACAUAAUUUAUACAUUUGUGAGAUUAAUUUUGAUUGAAGUCUUAGCCACAAUUUUAAUAUAGUUUGUGUAUAUUUGAUUCGUGAGCAUAUUUUCUAUCUCCAUACGCUCCGUACGCCCGUAUAAGCGGCACUCAACGUCACCUUCAUUCUAGUAACUAACAGUUGCUAAGCAAAACCAACAGAUUCUAAAAACAGUCUAAUAUCAAUCUCCCAAGAGCAUAGACGUACAAACAGUCUAAGGACGUACGCAUAAAGUUAAAUAAAAACACGUUACAAGUUAGCCAAAUUAACUGUUUCCUUUAUUAUCGAAAAGCCAUCGUCCCCAGUUCUCAGAGAAUCCAAUUUAAGAGAACAUAAUACCAAGCAAACCGCCACAUAUUAAUUGGUGCCGAAACCCGGGACCACAAGAUGGCCGACAAAGAAGAUAAAAUGGAAAUCGCGGUAAGUGAGUUCAGAAACGCGAAGCUACCUAACUUUUGGCGAGAAGAACCCAAGCUAUGGUUCGCCAUGCUCGAACGUGAAUUCGCGGCCUAUACUGUAAAAGCCGACGCGGUAAAAUGCGCUGCGGUAAUCAGACAUCUAGAUACCGCAUCGAUGAAAGUAGUCGCCGACGUUAUAGCUGCACCUCCAACAGACGACUCGUAUAUUCAAAUAAAAGAGGCCCUCAUCUCGCGUUUGGCAACGUCCGAAGAGACGCAAUUGAGACAGCUGCUGUCGGGAAUCGAUCUGCAGAACAAAAGACCAUCGGAACUACUGCGAGAAAUGACGCUCCUCGCAGGGAAAAAUGUCUCUGAUAGUGCCCUAUGCACGCUAUGGUUACAACGGCUACCUGCCCGAAUUCAAGAGGUCCUGUCCGUGGUUGAAGGAGUCUCAACAGAAAAAUUAGCUCUGCUCGCCGACAAAACGAUCGAAAGAUCGUCACAAUACGAGCUAGCGGAGAUGGCGGCCCAACCACGUGACUCCUAUUCAAGCUCAGAAAUUGCUGAGCUCAUCAAGCGAAUAGCCCAACUCGAAGCAUCAAUCCGAGACACCCACAGAGGACGACGACCGGAACGCAAGAAAUUCCGAAGAUACAGUUCGAAAUCAAGGAGUCGAACUAGAGACGACGGACUAUGUUAUUUCCACAGGAAGUUCGGCGAGAACUCGUGGAAAUGCAGACAACCCUGCCAAUGGAAAGGACUUGACAAAAGGAAGAGUCAGGGAAACUAA